AUGCUGAAUGGCAACCUCUAUCCCCUCCCAAGUUCAGAGUCCAAAAUGAGAGAGGUUUGUGCGGGCUGCAACACCCCAAUCUCCGACCGCUUCCUGCUGAGGGUAAAUGAGCGUUCAUGGCACGAAGGCUGCGUGAAGUGUGCUGCCUGCCUGCAACCUCUCUCUGGCACAUGCUACUGUCGCAACAGACAGCUGUACUGCAAGCAUGACUACGAAAAGCUCUUCCAGACCAAAUGCAGUGGUUGUCUCAAAGCAGUGGCUCCUUCAGAGUUCAUCAUGCGGGUGCUGGAGAACGUUUACCAUGUCCACUGCUUCUCCUGCUGCGAGUGCGAGCGGCGGCUGCAGCGUGGGGAUGAGUUUGUGCUGAAGGAAGGGCAGUUGCUGUGCCGCAGCGACUAUGAGAAGGAGCGGGAAAUGCUGAGCGCUAUCAGCCCUGCUCCUACUGAGUCAGUGAAGAGUGAGGAUGAGGAUGGGAGCCAUCCCCAUGGCAAGGGUGGUGAGGAAGGCAAAGACCACAAGCGCUCCAAGCGCCCACGCACCAUCCUCACCACACAGCAGCGACGAGCAUUCAAGGCCUCCUUUGAAGUCUCCUCCAAGCCCUGUCGGAAGGUGAGGGAGACGCUAGCAGCAGAAACUGGCUUGACCGUUCGAGUGGUGCAGGUCUGGUUCCAGAAUCAAAGGGCCAAGAUGAAGAAGAUAGCCCGCCGGCAGCAGCAGCAGCAGCAGCAGCAGCAGGAGCAGGAGCAGCUUGGAAACCCCCGCCUUGGGGCAGGAAGGGGAAAUGGACGAAGCAGCAGGCAGAGCAAUGAGGACAGUGAAGAUGGCUCCAGUGUGCACGGCAUAGAUGGACUCAUGGUGCCCUACUCCAGAAUUGCCCAACAGCAGCUGCUUCCCCUGGAUCAGAACAGCUACAGCACAGACUUGUACCGGCAAGGGCUCACUCCACCCCAGUUGCCAGGGGACCAUCUUCAUCCCUAUGAUUCAGAAGGUGUCUUCCACGACAUGGACAGCGACACCAUCGGUCACUUGGGUGACUGCCUGCUGUCAGCAGCAGAAGCCAACCUCCUGCAAACCCGAGUGGGCAACCCCAUUGACCGGCUCUACUCCAUGCAAAGUUCCUACUUCACCUCCUGA